AUCCCCCAGUCCCAACCAAACAUCAUAGGAACUAAUCAAUAAGCCACUCUCUGUCACAGAGUAAUCCUCGGCGUCUCCGAUCCGGUAAUCCGCCGAGUUGCUAGGAUUUUCCUGUUUUCCUUUUUCACCACCCCCUUCUAAAUAAGUAAAUCCACAAUCUCCGCAUUUCCAAUUCUCAGGUUAGCAGAUGGCUGUGGUGUUGGAGGCGAAGGAUGCAGGAGAAUGGACUUACAGAGGAGAAGGGGCUGUCAACCUGGUUCUUGCUUAUAAUGGAACCCGUUCUGAUUUUGUAUGUCUCAAUUUCCUGUUUUCCCCCUUCUUUUCAUUCUCUUCACUGUGUAGGAACUCUUUUUAUUCAUGUAUUUUACCCACUCAUCAGAAAACGACUGCAAUAACUACUAUGCUUUCACUCCAAGUUAUUUGGGAUUGGCUGUAUAAAUACUCAUUAUUCAUUUUGCNAAACCCCUGGUCAAUCUUGUACACUGUCAAUGUCACCAUGAUAAUCGCUUUUAUACUAUAUUCACUUUCCACUUACAUUAACUCUCAUUUCUUUUUCUUUUUGGUACUUGUCCUAUAUCAGAUAUCAGAGGUAAGUGCAUAUGAUCCUCUGGAUUUAUUCUCUGGAUCCAGAGACAGAGUACACAAGGCAAUAAACAACCUUUUUAGGACCCCACAGAAUAAUUUUCGGGUUUUCCUGGAUGGUUCUCUCAUAUUUGGUGGCUUGGGUGGUGGUGCAGACACUACUAGUUGUGAAGUUGGUAAAGCAUUUGAAGAUUCGCUCAAGCAUGUAAUUCAGGCAGAAGAGGGCAUGCGGACACAAUAUUUUCUAGAGCUCAUCUCCAAGACUGUCUGUAGUUCAGAGUUGUUAAAUCGGCUUCUUGAAGUCCAGAAGCUAGACACAACUGACAUUGAAGGUGCAAUUCACCCAUAUUAUAAUGUUAUUUCUCAGCCUUGCAUGGUAUGUGGACAACUAGAUAAAGAUCAAUCAUCGAAGAGAUAUAACUCUCUGCAUUCAAUGUCGAUGGAGGAAAGCUUGAAGAUUGUGAGGGACUACUUGAUAGCUGCAACUGCAAAGGACCUUAGUAUGAUAAUUAGUUUUAGACCUAGAGAAGCUGGUAAUGUGGAAUCCCCAUAUAGCAUUGUCUCCUUAGAAUCAACCAACCAAAGUUUUGACUGCAAGGCAUCUUUCAUUGACCUGGACUUGAAACCUUUGGAAAGGAUUGAAUACUACUACAGGUUAGACCAACAGAUUGUCAGCUGUUAUGUUCAGAUGGUGAAGUCCAAUCAUCAACUCGACCACACUGGAAGCACUGUCGGAGCUUGACAAUGAGGACAGUUUCUGGUGAUCAAUUCGGAGACCUUUUUGAGCUUUCUCGUUGAUAGAUUCCUGAUGAAGUAUCUUAUUCUUGCCUUCUUUUUUGGUGACUGAAAUUUCAGCGACGUGGUCACAACCCACCUUUGAUGAGACAUUUAAUUGAACCUAAUACUGUUUAUCUUAUAAUGGAUGAUUCAAUUGAAAUAGAAGCAUGCUAAAUGUAGUUUUCGCUGGUCCAAUUUUCACACCAUCCAGAAGCUUAGGCAAUAUAUGCUGUGCAUCUGAUAUGAAGAAGAGUCUUAAUAAG